GGCUGUGACGCGGCCGCCGGCCCCCGGGCUGGGUACAUUGUCGCGCGGCCGCUUCCCCCCGGGCCGGGCCCCCCGCCGUCCCGCGGUCCCCUGAGCGCCAGGCCCCCGGGGGGGGGAGGGGGGGAGGGAGGGAGCAGGGCUGGUAGGCGCCAGCGGCGCGCGGCGGGACCCACGGAGCCCCGCGACCCGCCGAGCCUGGAGCCGGGCCGGGGCGGGGAAGCCGGCUCCAGCCCGGAGCAAACUUCGCCGCCGGGCGGGGGGUGGCGGGGACCCCGUCCGGAGUCGGAGGAGGGGGCGGCCGCGGGCCCUCCCGCCUCUGCUCCCGCGUCUCCGGGCACCAUGCUGUCCAACUCUCAAGGCCAGACCCCACCGGUGCUGUUUCCCAACCCGCCGCCGCCGCCGCCGCCGCAGCCCCCCGCCCCGGCCCAGCCUCACCCCCCGACCCAGCCGCCGCCUCAGCCCCCGCAGCAGUUUCCCCAGUUCCACGUCAAGUCGAGCCUGCAGAUCAAGAAGAACGCCAUCAUCGACGACUACAAGGUCACCACCCAGGUCCUCGGACUGGGUAUCAACGGGAAAGUUUUGCAGAUCCUCAACAAGAGGACCCAGGAGAAAUUCGCCCUAAAAAUGCUUCAGGACUGCCCCAAGGCCCGCCGGGAGGUCGAGCUGCACUGGAGGGCUUCCCAGUGCCCACACAUCGUGCGGAUCGUCGAUGUCUAUGAGAACCUGUACGCGGGGAGGAAGUGCCUGCUCAUUGUCAUGGAAUGUCUGGAUGGCGGAGAGCUCUUUAGCCGAAUCCAGGACCGAGGAGACCAAGCGUUCACAGAAAGAGGUAGAAAGGAAGCGUCAGAAAUCAUGAAGAGCAUCGGUGAGGCCAUCCAGUAUCUGCACUCAAUCAACAUUGCCCAUCGGGAUGUCAAGCCUGAGAAUCUCCUAUACACCUCCAAAAGGCCCAAUGCCAUUCUGAAACUCACCGAUUUUGGCUUUGCCAAGGAAACCACCAGCCACAAUUCUUUGACCACUCCUUGUUAUACGCCGUACUAUGUGGCUCCGGAAGUGCUGGGUCCAGAGAAGUAUGACAAGUCCUGUGACAUGUGGUCCUUGGGUGUCAUCAUGUACAUCCUGCUGUGUGGGUAUCCCCCCUUCUACUCCAACCAUGGUCUUGCCAUCUCUCCGGGCAUGAAGACUCGCAUCCGAAUGGGCCAGUAUGAAUUUCCCAACCCAGAAUGGUCCGAAGUGUCAGAGGAAGUGAAGAUGCUUAUCCGGAACCUGCUGAAAACAGAGCCCACGCAGAGGAUGACCAUCACGGAGUUUAUGAACCACCCCUGGAUCAUGCAAUCCACAAAGGUCCCUCAGACCCCACUGCACACCAGCCGGGUCCUGAAGGAGGACAAGGAGCGGUGGGAGGAUGUCAAGGAGGAGAUGACCAGUGCCUUGGCCACAAUGCGCGUCGACUACGAGCAGAUCAAGAUAAAAAAGAUUGAAGAUGCAUCCAAUCCUCUCCUUCUGAAGAGGCGGAAGAAAGCUCGGGCCCUGGAGGCCGCGGCCCUCGCUCACUGAGCCUCUGAGCCCAUCCCACUGCACGGCAGGGCAAGCAAUAACUCUCGACCUGGAUAUAUUUUUUAAACGAAGAGACACAGAACUGUCCCGUUUCCGCCUCCCCUCCUCCUCGGCGGCAUGGAGUCCGGAGCCCCAUCAGAGGCUGAAUCCUGCCUUUGGUUCCAAACGAACGGCCACCUCAGAGACGGGGAGGCCGGGAGGUUGGGGGUGGCGUGGAGAGAGAAGGGAGCAAGAUGCUCUUGAACCCGUGCUCAUUUUGCAAUUCUGUCAGUAAUUUGACUUAGAAUUUUUAUGAAACUUCUUUUAUUGUUCCUUGCGCCACUCUGCCCUCCUGUUCCCCGAACCCCUUCCUCUGGACGUGCAAGGGUUUGGGGUUUGUUAAAGGGUAUUUGUGGAAACUGU